AUGCGGCCGUGUAAGAAGGAGACCUGCGGACAGGGCGACUGUGUCCUGAAGAAGCAUGCUCCCUAUCACAAGUGCCGCUGUCACUACCCAUACCACGGACCUUCGUGCAGCGCAGUUGAGACUGUUUGCACCCACAACCCCUGCAGGAACGGAGGAACCUGCCUGGUGAAGCCUCUCAAUAAGUUUGUCUGCAUCUGUCCGAAGAGCUUCAGAGGGAAGUUCUGUGAGAUUGCCUCCAGCAACUGCUACAGGAACGAUGGGUUUCGAUACCGCGGUCAGGUCGGCCAGACUGAGGACGGCCACCGCUGCCUGCCCUGGGACUCCUACCACCUGGCCGGGGAGAGCGUCAACGCCUUUGUGCCUGACAUAUGGCUGCGUGGGAUCGGGGAGCACAAUUUCUGCAGAAACCCGGAUGGUGCAGAGAGGCCGUGGUGCUACUAUCAGGAUAAGGACGAGGCGCUGAAAUGGGACCUUUGUGAGGUUCCUGCCUGUUCAGCGGUUCUCCAUCACAAUGUGUCCCCUACACCGAAGCCAUCAAACUCCACCGCACAGCCCAUGACCACCAUCAACGCCAGCGCUCCGUUCUCCACAUGUGGCCUCAGAGAGUUGCCCUCUAAGAUUAAGGGAAGGAUCAUUGGUGGCAAAAGGACCCAGCCGGGCAUGCACCCGUGGUUGGCAUCACUGCAGCUGAAGAUAAGAGUUGGAAAGUUGAACACCGGGCAUCUCUGCGGCGGCACUUUAAUUGCGGAGUGUUGGAUCCUGACAGCUGCACAUUGUGUGAAAUCCGUGUCCCAGCCAAGGCUGUGGAGAGUGUUGCUGGGUAAGGUGGAUCUCCACAAGAACGAGACAUUUGAGCAAAUAUUUGACGUGGAGAAGAUUAUUAUACAUGAGAAUUAUCGGGAGGAAAUCUACAGUCUGCACAACGACAUCGCUCUUAUGAAACUAAAGAAAUCCGAAGGCAAGUGCACCAGGGAGACGCGAAACGUGAAGACGGCGUGCUUACCCGAUCGCGAGUUCCUACCAGGAAAAGUCUGUCAGAUUGCUGGAUGGGGGAUGACAGAAAAAGGUCAAACCGCCCAUCUUCUUGAAGCUUCUGUCCAGGUGAUCUCUGAAACCAAUUGCUCCGAUGCUAAAUCUUAUGGAAAACUAAUUGACCGCAGUAUGCUCUGCGCAGGAGUCCCUGACGGGGGAGUGGACGCCUGCCAGGGUGACUCGGGGGGUCCCCUCGCCUGUGAACGUGAAGGUCAGACACAAGUGGCCGGAGUCGUUAGCUGGGGAGAGAACUGCGGAGUGAAGGACAAGCCCGGGGUCUACGCACACGUCUAUAGAUUUCUACCAUGGAUUGAAAAAAGCAUGAAAUCCAACGCCUGAGAGCAGAAUCCUGGGAGCUGUGGACCCCGAUGUGACCGCAGCAGCGUCACAGUCCCUAUUACUGAUUGGUAGAUAUGGGGAGGGGGACCUCAGACGGAUUACAUUGG